UCUGAUCCAGUCGGAACUGGCCGGACUAUGGGCCCGCUGUGAGGCAAAAAGAAACUUUGGCGAAGUCAGCACGAGAAAACGAACCUACCUAGACCGCAGCACGAAGACGACGACGCAUCAAUGGGCAACACCGGAAGCACCGGCAGCUCCAAUCCGCCGCGGCCUCCUUUUGACGGUCGUGGGCAUGGGCUGCCACCGCCGUACUACCACAGGUACCCGCCUUGGCCCCCAAGUGCCGCCGCGCCGCCACCUGUGCCGGUUCCUGCGCAGGUGGAGCGGCACAGGGCUGUGGCCGUGCACGCCGGCGUCAACGUCAAGGGGGAUACCCUGCGGCUGGUGCCCGACGACGAUGGCCGCUGCCUACUCCUCGCCUUCUCCUUCGAUGCCGACGCGCCCGGAAGCAUAACUGUUUACUUCUUUGCACAAGAAGAUGAUGACCAUGUCCUGAAGGCUACAAAGGAAAAUGUGCUCCAACCUGUGAAGAUAACUUUUAAGGAAGGUCAAGGUCAGGAGUUCAAGCAACCUAGUGGAACAGGAAUUAAUGUCUCAAUGUUUGAGGAAUCUGAGCUAACUAAGGUUGGUGAAGAUGGUGUAUUUCCAGUGGCGUUCAAAGUGGAAGUGGGUAUAUCAAGCAACCAAGAAUCGGAAAGGGAACAAGAUGCUGAAGACUCUAAGUCUUUGGUUAAAUUUGCUGUAUUUGUGAAGAAAGAGAAAGCUGAGUAUGGGGUUCGUGUUGUGCAGCAGAUAAUGUGGGUAAAUGGAACUAGGUAUGUCUUGCAGGAGAUAUACGGCAUUAGAAAUACAACUGACAAGAAUGUUCCUGAGGAUGAUUUUGGGAAAGAGUGUGUGGUUUGUCUUUCAGAACCAAGAGAUACAACUGUUCUUCCAUGCAGGCAUAUGUGCUUGUGCAGGGAAUGCGCUCAACUUUUAAGGUUCCAGACCAACAAAUGCCCCAUAUGCAGGCAACCUGUUGAGCGCCUUCUCGAGAUUGAGGUUGAUAGCAACAUGCUUCACCAAGGAGAUCAGUAGUUAAGAGUGCAUAAAGGAACUCUUGUUCUAGCAACAUUGCUUGUACAUAUUCCUUGUUCAAAUGAAGUUGUGUUUUUGGCAACAACAAGAAAAUGAACACAUGAAAUAUACCUGAGAAGGACGAACUGAUUGUGGUAUACUGUUGGCGACAAGCUACCUGGAAUUUUAAAGUGUAAUAACAUAUUUGUAGUCUUUACCUUUCAAGCUUGACAAUUCUAAUUGAAAAAGCAGUUUUUCUAAAGAAA